GCAACUUCGGUGCGCUGUUGCCUUUUGACCAAAAACAAAGGAAGCAUGGAGCCUCCUUCACCCAGCUUCGAUUCUGUCUCCUUAUAUAAUGGAUGCCCUAAUACUGCUAGAGUAAUAAACCAAGCUCAGAUCUCUCGCAUCUCUUCUACUAUGAGCCGCGGUAACAAGAAGCAAUUCUCGCAGCCGUCGCAGCUCUCCAUGGACGCCGACGAUUCUAGAAAGACGGCGCCAAGUCGGGCGGCGGCGGCGGCGGCUGCUGAGGAUACUGUUGCUCUACUUCUCGAGCUAACGGCUUCGGAUGACCUUGCAGGUUUCAAGCAAGUUGUAGAAAAAUCCGAUAUUUCUCUUGACGCCUCGGCCCAGUGGUACUCCCGUUCUGUUGGGCCGGUGUCGUCGCCGGCUCGGAAGAUGGCUUACGAGCGCCGUACGCUGCUCGCGAUCGCUGCUCUCUACGGAAGCACCUCCGUGCUCAGCUACAUCCUUAGCCGAAACGGAAGCACUGCCGACGUUAACCGCCGCUGCGGCUCUGAUGGUGUAACGGCCCUCCACUGCGCCGCUGCCGGCGGAUCGGCUGCCUCGCUUCAGGCUGUGAGGCUUCUGAUUGAGGCCUCUGCCGAUGUGGACGCAGUAGACGCCAUGGGGAAUCGCCCUGGGGAUGUAAUAGCGAAGCAAUUUUCGGCGUCAAUGGCAAGAGAACUUGAGGUGCUUCUAAAAGCUCCAUGCCCUAGGGUUUCGUCUCCGUCUAAGUUAACAGGGGAGAAGAAAGAAUAUCCACCGGAUUUGACUCUACCGGACAUCAAAAACGGGAUCUAUGGGACCGAUGAAUUCCGUAUGUAUACCUUCAAGGUGAAACCUUGCUCGAGAGCUUAUUCUCACGACUGGACCGAGUGCCCCUUCGUCCAUCCAGGGGAGAACGCCCGCCGCCGCGAUCCGCGUAAAUACACCUACAGCUGCGUCCCUUGCCCGGAUUUCCGCAAAGCUUCUUGCUUGAAAGGGGAUUCUUGUGAAUACGCCCAUGGGGUGUUUGAGUCCUGGCUACAUCCAGCUCAGUAUCGCACUCGACUUUGUAAGGAUGAAAUCGGCUGCAACAGGCGAGUAUGCUUCUUUGCUCACAAGACGGAGGAGCUUCGAUCUGUUAACCCAACCACGGCUUCUGUUGCUGGUUUGGCUCUAUCUUCCCCGAGAUCGUCGCAGAUGGGGAUUUCUUCUCUCGACAUGGCCGCAGCUCUGAUGAUGAUGCAGUCAACGCCUGCUUCGCCUAUAUCUCCUUCGGCUUCUUCGGCAUUAGCUUCAACCUCGGCGUGGAUGAAUCUGGCUGGGAGUAUGGCCCAGCCACCUGUUUUACAGCUGCCAAGCAGCAGGCUGAAAUCAAGCGUAAGCGCUAGAGAUAUAGAUUAUGAGCAUGACAUGUUGGGACUGGAGGGUUACCAGCAAAAGCUGUUUGAUGAUAUCUCAAGCAUCGCUUCUCCUCGCUCGAACUGGAAAGCCGGCUCCUUGAACUCCGUCGCUUCCCGUGUUGCAGAUUACAACGACCUUUUUGGAUCUCUUGACUCCUCCAUUCUUUCUCCAUUGCAGAAUCUUUCCUUGAAGCAGGCAACUAGCGCUGCCACAGGGUUACAAAUGAACCAAAGCGUGAGCCAGCAGCUGCUUUCUGGCUAUGGAGGCAGUUUGCCUUCUUCCCCCACGAUGAAUUCAUCACCAUUUGGGCUAGAACAUUCCAUGGCGAAGGCCAUUCUGAACUCCAGGCAGGCAGCCUUUGUAAAGAGAAGUCAUAGCUUCAUUGAUCGCGCUGCUGUUGCUCGCAAUUCUGUCGUUGCUCCACCACAAAUCUCUUCUUGUACAACCCCUUCUCUUGGUCUAUCUGAUUGGGGUUCCCCUAAAGGAAAGCUGGAUUGGGGAAUCCAAGAAGAGGAGCUGAACAAGAUGAGAAAGUCGGCAUCUUUUACUUUUAGGAGCAACCAAAGCAACAACGUUGGUGCUCCAGUCACUCUGCAACAGCAGCAGAAGCAGUAUCAGGGUAAUGGCGCCGUCGACUUCCUGUCCUGGGACCAUCUGUAUGCGGAGCAGGAUCAAUUGGUGGCCUAAUCUUCUGCAAAACCAUGGAUAUUUAUGGAACCAACUUGUUCAAUUUUUUUGUUAAUUUUUCUUUCAUUUUCUUCUUAAUCCAUUAUAUUCAUGUACUUAAGUGGCUGCCUCUUAGUUGAAGAAAGGAAUGCCCGAAGGGAAUCUGAACUGCGGAGAUGCAGCCCGAUCUUGUUCUUUCAUUCAUACUUAUUAAAGAUAUAUCGAUUUCAAUGAUUGGAGAAUAGCUACUUGUUUGAAUAUAACCGGACCGAUGAGCUUAUAGCACUUACAUA